GAUACUUUCUAAAACACAAAGUUUGAUGAAUAUAGUCAAUGCAGCAUCAUUGUGAAUGAGGUGCGCCUGCUGAAGAUUUUGGGGGUGGAGGAAGUUCAUUAUCAAAGUCUCAUCACCUGCAAUACACGUGAAUUGGCACGAUUAAUUGUUUUUUUUUUUCUUUUCCAUCCACUCGAUACAUCUCAGUUAUCACUUCAAACUUCAAAGGAGUCAAGUACUGUUCUCCCAAAAAGAUAAAAAAAAAAAAAAAAAAUGAUUUAAGAAAAAGAUACAUGGCUCUUUAAUUUGUCUGCAAUAAAUUCCCCUUCCCGGGUGGUGCUUGCUUUACCUCCUCACCAUCUUUAUUCAAAUCUCUUUCGGUUUCUCUCUCUCUUUCAAACCCCAUGGUUAUGGCUCUGUCGCUGUAGUCCUAAUUGUUUAGGAGGAGGUAAAUGCACGAGUCUCUCUCUCUCUCUGAAACACACAGAGAGAUACUGAUACACACACAUACAUACAUUGUAUCAUCUUCAGGCUGUUCUUCUCAAAGAUCUGAUGUAAAACACUAACUCGGGACCAUCUUUCUCAAGUCUUGUUAUCCACUUGCAGAGUGGGAAAACGAAAUGAGAAGAAAAGGAUUGAUUAUCAAUCCUACAUCAUUUUCAAGCUAGCUCUAAUAUAUAUUAGACCUGCAGCCGGCUACCUUCAAGCCUAGCUAGUGUUGUCCAGUGCAAAUGAAAUCACAGAUGUAUCCCUCAAACAGUAACUAUAAUAUCUGCAAUGACCUGAUCUCAUAUUCUGAACAAGCAUUUUUGCAGUUGCCUAACCUUAAUAUUAUCUCCAAUUCAAAACAAGAAGACCCUUCUCCUUUAUGUUUCUUGGGUCAUAUCUCCUCUUCUCCCUCCAUAGAUGGGAAUGCUUUCCUCCAAAACCACCAUGACGUGUUAUUUCACCAGCAAUCCAUGGUGAAAUCCGACAAGAACACAACCGGAACUGUCACAAACACGGUCGAUUCGAGGAAAACUCACAUCAAUCGACAGAAAGUGGCCGAGCAGAUCCCAAGAAAACGAACCUACAAGGGAGAUCGGCACAGCAAGAUUAACACUGCGCGAGGACCAAGGGAUCGGAGAAUGAGAUUGUCCCUUGAAGUUGCCCGCAAGUUUUUCGGUCUCCAAGACAUGCUAGGCUUUGACAAGGCAAGCAAGACCGUCGAGUGGCUACUCCUGCAGGCAAAAGUUGAAAUCAAGAAGCUGGCAAGAGAAAUGAAGCGCAGUUGCAGCGUUGGUGUCAAGACUAGUGCUUCUUCUACUUCCGAGUGCGGCGAAGUCUUGUCUGGCAUUGAUGAGGUUGCAAUCUAUGAUGGCAAUCAACAAGGCAGGGUUGUUUCAAAAGAGAGAGCCUCGACGUGUACAGCUCCUAAAGAGAAGAAGAAUAUUAGGCAGUGGCGGAAAAGUGCAUUUCACCCUCUUGCAAGGGAGUCAAGGGAUCAAGCUAGGGCAAGGGCUAGGGAGAGGACAAAAGAAAAGCUGAGGACUCGGAGACUGGAUGAAUCAAAAUUAUGUGAAGUGGAUAACAACUCAUGUGAUUUCAGCCGAUCACGUCUUUGGAGUCUUUUGGAAACUGGUGAAGAAUCUGCUGGAACCCACAGCCAUAACAUGAACCCUUCCAUGGAAGUACUACCUGAGAUUGAAGAAGAAAGCUCUCAUGCCCAAGAUGAUGGUUUAGGGGCUGCGGAAGACAUGGUUAAUGAUGAUUCUUUGGUGAUUAUUGGAAGGUGGAGCCCAUCUUUGAUUUUCAAUACUGUGAACAUCAAUACUGGAAUUUCCCAAGAGCAUCAUGAAUUUACAGACUUUCCAUUCUUUGGCAACAAUAAUAAUCAACAUGACAAGGAUUAUCUCUCGUAUGUCUGGCGCUAGCUUGGAUCAGUAAAGAAACAUUUGCAGCAUGACAAGUGGUGCCUUUUCCUUUUGAAAUGUAACAUAUUAGAGAGAAGUCUCUCGUCUUACAAUUCUUGUUAAUUAUUUAGUGAAUGAUUAUUAAUGGGCCUCUUUCAUUCUAAUAAUAUCAUGUUUCUUUUAAUUCGUGAUCA